GAAUAUUUUGCGAAAGACAAAGCUUCCUUUUCAUACCUACUUACAACGAAGCCAUUUAUACACCACUGUCGAAUAUUAUAAACGUAAAGUCUACAGGACUGUCUUUCGAUACUUCGAUUACCUUGCACCAAAUCAAUACAAAUAUCUUAGAGAUUCUUGACGUUGAAUUCUUCCAUUACCUAUUCUAUUACCACCAAUAUCUAAUCAAAAAUGUCGGGUACCGCGGACGCGCAACUCUUCGAUGAGCAUUUCACUGUCAAUGAAUUGGAUCAUAAGAAAUAUGUACGUGUAGGACGUAUCAAGGCCACUUCCACGGUCGAUCAUUCCGUUUCCAUGCUCCUCGAUAUCAAUACCGAGCUAUACCCAUUAGCCGUUGGCGACAACAUUCGCGUUGUUCUUGCGACAUCUCUUAAUUUGGAUGGUACAAAGGAUGAUGGAAAGGGAUGGAGAGAUGCUAAUAGGAUGGGAUUGGGUGGUGAAGCUACGCUCGCAGAUAUGUUUGAUUAUGUUUGUCAUGGGAAGAUUUAUAAGUUUGAGGAUCAGGAGAAUAGUGAUCUUAUGUAGGUCUUUUUCUUGGAUGGUUGGAAUUGCUUGAUUGCUUGCUAUUUGGCUAUGCUAUCUAGUUAUGCUAUGAACUGAUUGACUAAUUUCUGAUAUAGUAAGGCAUAUAUCUCCUUCGGUGGUUUGUUGAUGGGUUUGGAGGGUCCUUAUAAGAAGCUUACACCUUUAAGAGUCGACUAUGUUUAUCUUCUAAUUAAGAAAUAGAGGAAGACGUGGGGAACCUAAAAUAAUUGAAGAAAGAACCUGCUUUCAUGACGUGGUGAAAUCUUUGAGAAAUCUGGCAGGGGAAAAUCGACAAUAUUGAAAACCGAUUUUUCGCGUGCACAUUUGGUUUGCAUUUGCGUGGGGCGUUUGUGGAUGGGAAAUUGAAAAAGUCUUGAGGGCGUUCAAGCACCAGAUACCUUUUUCAGAUCUGGAAUACUAGAGCAUUCAAAUAUUGUGUGGUCCUGGAAAUGGCAACUUUCUAUGAAUCCUGCUCUUGAUCUCAUCGAAAUCGCUCUCGUUUUCCC